AUGAGUGAAGCUCAAUCACUAGCUGUCAAAGGUCAACGUCCUGUCGUCGUAGUAGUCUCGGGACCAUCUGGUACUGGAAAGUCGACGCUACUGAAAAGACUGUUCCAAGAGUACCCCGACUAUUUUGGGUUUAGCGUCUCGCAUACAACGCGAGCUCCGCGCCCUGGAGAAGAGGACGGAAAACAUUACCACUUUGUAUCUAGAGAUGAGUUCUUGUCUUUGGUUUCACAGAACAAAUUCAUCGAGUAUACAGAGUUUUCAAAAAAUUUAUACGGAACAAGUAUUAAAGCUGUCAAGGAUGUAGAAGACUCGGGAAAGAUUUGUAUUCUGGAUAUUGAAUUACAGGGUGUCAAAGCGGUAAAAUCCAAAUCUUCCCUUCUCGAUGCCAGAUUCCUCUUUGUUGCUCCACCAUCGCUACAGGUCCUCGAACAAAGACUCCGCGGAAGAGGGACAGAGACUGAAGAAUCGAUAAAAACACGAUUAAAAGUGGCAGAGGAAGAACUCGGAUAUGCUAACCAAGAAGGAGCACAUGAUUUAAUUAUUGUGAACGAUGUUCUAGAUGAGGCAUACGAAAAUUUUAAAGCGUUUAUUGUAGAAACUUAUGAAAAGAAGUUUAAGAAAGAAGAGAAUCUGUAG